AUGGAGGCGGCUGGAGGCGAUGGGAGGUGGUGCGUGGUGACUGGCGGCCGCGGGUUCGCCGCGAGGCAUCUGGUGACGAUGCUGCUCCGCUCCGGCGAGUGGCGGGUGCGCGUGGCCGACCUGGCCCCCGCCAUCACGCUCGACCGCGAAGAAGAAGAGGGUUUCCUGGGUGCUGCUCUCCGCGAAGGCCAGGCCGUCUACGCCUCCGCCGACCUCCGCGACAAGGCCCAGGUCGCCAGAGCUUUUGAAGGGGCAGAAGUAGUUUUCCAUAUGGCUGCUCCAGAUUCAUCCAUCAACAACUUCCACCUUCAUUAUGCAGUCAAUGUUGAGGGAACGAAGAAUGUUAUUGAUGCUUGUAUCCGUUGCAAGGUGAAGAGACUCAUCUACACUAGUUCACCGAGUGUCGUGUUUGAUGGAGUUCAUGGAAUUUUUAAUGCAGAUGAAUCAAUGCCUUACCCUGAUAAGUUUAAUGAUUCAUAUUCAGAAACGAAAGCAGAUGCAGAAAGGCUUGUGAUGAGGGCUAAUGGUAGGGAAGGGCUUCUUACGUGCUGUAUACGCCCAAGUAGCAUUUUUGGCCCUGGUGAUAAGCUAAUGGUUCCAUCUUUGGUUGCUGCUGCAAGGGCAGGGAAGUCCAAAUACAUUAUUGGUGAUGGGAACAACUACUAUGAUUUCACCUACGUGGAAAAUGUGGCAUAUGGCCAUGUUUGUGCAGAGAAAACUCUAUCAUCUGAAGAUGGUGCAAAGAUAGCCGCUGGAAAAACCUAUUUCAUAACAAAUAUGGAGCCUAUAAAAUUCUGGGAGUUCAUGUCAUUGAUUUUAGAAGGUCUUGGAUAUGAAAGGCCUUCAAUAAAAAUACCAGUCUCUGUUAUGAUGCCAGUGGCUCAUGUUGUAGAAUGGACUUACCAGAAAUUUGCUAAGUAUGGAAUGAAAGUUCCUCAGCUGACCCCUUCAAGGAUCAGGCUGCUCUCAUGUAACAGGACAUUCAGCUGCUCAAGAGCAAAGGACCAGCUUGGUUAUGAACCUCUUGUGUCCCUUAAGGAUGGACUGAAGAGAACAGUAGAGUCGUACCCCCAUCUACAAGCUCAGAAUCAGAGGAGUAUAUCAAAGGCUUCAAUUUUCCUUGGGAAUGGAAAUCUUGCAAAAACAGUACUUUGGGAAGAUGCGAAGCAAACUGUGACAGUGCUUCUACUGUUGGCUGUUAUCUACUACCAUUUAUUUACAUGUGGUUACACCUUCAUCACAGCGAUGGCAAAGCUUUUGUCACUGACUGCUCUGUUCUUAUUCAUUCAUGGCAUGCUGCCAUCAAAUGUGUUCGGUCACAAGGUUGAGAAACUUGAGGCCUCUAAUUUUCACAUCACACAGGCACAGGCUCAUCAUAUUGCUCAUUCUAUUACUUCGUGUUGGAACUCUUUAGUCAGUUCGCUAAGAUCUCUUUGCAGAGGAAAUGAUUGGCUAUUGUUUCUCAAGGUCUCACUCUCUCUGCUGGUUGUCAGCAUCCUUAGUUCCAUGUCUUCUCAGGCUGCAUUCAAAAUAGGUACUGCUCUGGUUUUCACAGGCUUCAAAGCAUAUGAGAAAUGGGAGGACAGCAUCGACGGUGCUCCGUUCUUGCGAUGCGUGCUUCACUGUUACUUCCGCAAAGACGAGGCUGUGUUUCCUCUGCAGGCCACUACCAUCCUCUGCGAGGCUGCUGAUCCAUUUAAUGUGGCAGUUACAGGCUGA